AUGGCUGCAGUCACCUUCGCGCCGUCUAUGACGGAAUCACUCUCGAUUUGGCGCUCGUCCAGCACUGUGGACUCCUUCACCAGCACUGACGACGGCCCCGACCGCCAGGCUAGCGACGGUUCCAAGACUGGCGGUGGUAGCAAUGACCGGGAUGAUUACGAUGACCGCAAGAAGAGGUGGGAGGAGCGGAAGUUGGAGAAGAAACGCUUGAAGAACGAGAGGAAGCAGAUGGGUUUCGUCGGGCGAGGAGAGUCUGCGAAAAUGAGCAAGCAGAAGCUUCUGAAGUCUAGCAAGGACGGGGACGCAGAGGAGCUCCUCAUCCAGAAGGGCCUGCCCAUUAAUUCCUUGCAGCUCGUUGGCUCCGGCAGAUUUGCCAAGGUCUACAAAGGGACUUGGAGAGCGCGCGACAAUGAUAAUGCAGACCUCACCGUGGCUGUGAAGGUUAUCAAUGUCGAGCACAGCCGUCCGAGGGUGGCUGACGAUGGUGCGCUGGUGGCGCCCAAGCUGAUUGAACGGGAAGCCAAGAUCAGCCACGUUCAGCAACACCCGAACCUUCUUCGAGUCAUUGAGUCUUCCAUUGGUGCGCUGCCAUACGCCAUUGUGGUCGAGUACUGUCCAGGUGGCUCAUUGUAUGACAUUUCGAAAGGGGGUCCAAGACUUACGCUCGGUAGAUUCAGCUGGGAUCAGCGUCUGAAGGCCGCCCUCGAUACUGCAAACGGCAUGGCUUUCUUGCACGAGCAGAACAUAGUGCAUAGAGAUUUGAAGACGCAGAAUGUUCUUCUGGUGCACCCGAUCGUCUCCGUUACUGAUGUGGUGCACGCCAAAGUGUGCGAUUUUGGGCUUGCCAGGUACCUUCCGCAGGAAGAUCAUCAAACCCAGUUGACACGGCAGGUAGGGUCUUGGUAUUUCAUGGCGCCAGAAAUAUUUGACAUUGAUGGGGAUCAUUAUGAUGAGAAGGUCGAUGUGUAUUCAUUUGCCAUGUUGCUUUACGAGAUGAUUGCCGGGAGCUUCUGCUUCAAUAAGGAUUUCAUGUCAAUGUCAGAGUUUGUGGUGUUUGCCGUUGAGGGUGGUCGUCCUUCGGAGGACGCAAUAGAUGCUACCACUCCAGGCGUACUUCGGGUCUUGAUGAAGGACGGCUGGCAGGCCAUACCUUCGUCCCGACCAUCUUUCGCUGAAGUCGCAGAUCGAUUGGUGUUGCACCAUCCUGAGCUAGGACGCAAAGACGUGCCACCCACCAGCCACCGUCUCGGUUGGCUUGGCGCUGUCCUCUGCUGUGCUCGCGGAAAGUGA